GCCAGGCCCCUUUAUCAGCUUGCUGCGUCACCCAGGACACACGUGUGACUUUGUUGGUAUUAUGUCUCGACCUGAGCAUGCGCGUGAUGCACAUCCGUUUCUGGCAGCUGGGAAGAAUGAAACGAUACUGGCUUGGGAGCAUGCGCUUUCCUAGGAAAAAGAUGGACGACAUAAACAUCUGUACUCCGCGGCUCACGGAGUCAGAUGCCGCAAAAAACAGUAUUGCCCCUAACGCGGCUUCUGUAACAGAUGAUGACAAAGUAAUAAACACUAAAAUAGAUAGUGCCCUGAGUGAAGGUGAGCAGGGUCAGAAAGAACUGCUGACGGGUCUUCUCACCGAUGACUAUUGCCAUGUAUGUGAUGCUGUGCUGCUGUUUGAAUCUCAGAGACUCUCCCACUAUGAGGGAAAGAAGCACACUCAGAAAAUCAAAUUGUUCCUGCAGACAAAGAGAGCUGAGAAGAUGAACAAAGAAUCAGGUGGCCUCCAGAGGGUUGCAGUUAUGGACAAGGACCGUUUCUGCGACCUGUGCUGUAUGGUGUUUAGCUCUCCGGUGGUGGCUCGCUCACACUAUGAGGGCAAGGUCCAUGCUAAACACCUCCGCAAACAAGGCCUUCAGCCCACAGAUACCUCAUUUCAAAAGGGCCCUGAGAUUCCUACCUUACCAGGCACGACCCAGGCUUCUACUAGUGCUGACCAGAUAUCAGCCAGAUUGGGAGGAAUGGAGCCAGAGGACCCCACAGUCAGCACCAAUCCCAGCACAGAGGUGGAUUUGAAGGAUCCUAACAAGUACUGUGCCCUUUGUGCUGCAUCCUUUAACAACCCCCAGAUGGCCCUGCAGCACUACAAUGGACGAAAACACCAAAAGAAUCAUACCAGGCAAGAAUUGCUCAAAGAGCUUGGAGAGGACGCCCUACAAGCCAACUCCCUCAUCUGUCAGAUGUGUAGCAUAGAAUUCAACUCAGUGGAGAUGUACCAAUCUCACAUGCAGGGAAACAAGCACCAGGUCAAAGAGAAGAAAGUCAUUGACCUGUGCAAGUCCCAACAGAAGGCCUACACUUCAUUUGCAGAUGAACUGGCGGAUUACAUCCAGGUCCAGAAGGCCCGAGGAAUCACCCCAAAGGGCAGCUGCGUUUUGCCUCAGGGUGUGGAGGAUAAGGGCGAUGAAGAGGAUGGCAUGAACAAGGAGGAGAUCCAUAAGGGCCAAAACCUUAGGCCUUAUGCGUCUCCUAUCUCUAACCUCCCUCUCGUUCCCCAUUCUGGUUCUUACCACCCAGGUGCAGGGUGGGGUCCCCCUUAUCCAUGCCCUCCUUCUGACCACAGCUGCAGGGGGACGUCCUAUGGCUGGGACUAUUCCUUCCCUCAUCAGUCCCUCCCCCCAGGCAGAGGCUAUCCUCACUCCUCCAGACAGUCUGUGGGACGGCGGAGGCGUAGGGAACAGUCAAGCUCCUCCUCCUCUUCCUCAUCAUCCUCCUACAGUAGCAGCUCGAGUGACAGCGAUGACAGUCAAUACAGACACAGACAGAGAAGGAGAAGGAAAAGGAAGGAAAGGAGGGUGCGAGAGGAGGAGGAGGAGAAGGAAGAAAGGAGGAGGAGAAAACGACAAAAGAGGACAAUUGAGGAAUGCGCCGGAGUGAUCAGAGUGAGAGAAGAAGACGCAGAGGAAGAGUGGAGGCGAAAAGGGACUACAAAUCCCAGUAAGAGGGGAAAACCUGAGGAGAAAAAAGACCAGGAGGAAGAUAGCAAGCAGGAAGGAGGCAGAGAGUCACAGGCUGAAGACAUGGCAGAGAAAAGAGAACAGACUGAGGUGCAUGUGCAGGCUGAAAUUAUUGUUCAACAGGGGGAGAGGGAGCAUGCAAAGACAUCCAAACUCAAACACAGGAAAGAAAAGAAGAAAACGAAGAAGGAGGUAGACACAAGGACUGAGGAGGAGAAGCUGUGGGAUGAGUCCAUCCUUGGCUUGUGAACACAUAGUGCAACCUUUUUUUUUUCUCUCUUGAACUCCUGGGAUUUUGGCCUAAAGUUGUAAGCAUACCAUUGCAGAUUACAUAAAGUUAUCAGCGGUGUGCUCAUGUGACUUUUUUUCUUGGAGACAUGCUAGCCAUGUUUAGUAUUUCUUGCCCCGUUUACAGUCAUGAUUGUGUUUGGGUGGUUGGGAGCAGGUUCAAUCAAAACUCAAGCUCUUGCUCUUCAUACUGACCUAAAACUUGUAGAAACAUUUGCAUUUAUGCACCUGUGCUCCCAAUUUGAUUUAUUGCGGUCCCUAUAUAAGCCUCUGGUUGGUGCUGUUGAACUUGUUUCAGAGCACUAGUGAGGUACAUGAAAUACCUUAGGCGUUAGAUGCUCGUUCAAUAACUUCUGUAAUUUUUCUCCUCAUUUUAGUCUACAUUUUGUUCCUACUUUUGAGACAUAUACAGCAAACUGUCAAAAUGAACAUUUAAAAGAAAAAAAAACCCACAUUAUAUUUUUAAAAACAACGAGAAAGUGAUUUGAAGAUAUCUUAAGAAAAUACAGUAUUUGUACAAGAAGUACUAGCAUUUUGAAUCAAAUAAAAGUUGAGGAGGCGUGAGAGCCAAGGUAGUUUUUGUGACUUAUGGCACCAGAGCAGAGACCCACAAAAGCUUCACUGCUCUGAAGCCCCCUGAGAUCUCCUGUUUUCAAAGAAUCCUGCGGUCGUGCUCCCUGGUGCACUCAAGUCCUCGACCCCCGUUUAGUUGUACGGUGCCCACAUCCUCACUCCUCCGAGAUCCCCAUCUAGGCUUGUGUGCAGGCUGAGCCCUUGAAAACCCUUCACCAACACCCUUCACCAGUCACACACACACACAUACACACUUUCCAGACUGCUUAUGGAAGGGAGGUCCAAGGUAUUAUCAAGGAAUGUAUUUUAUAUUUUAAAUAAUCAGUGGAUUAGUGGAUGCCUUAUUCCAUGAAUACUUUCUUUGUUAUUCAUAGUAUAAUGGGUGUCCAAAGACACUUAUUUUUGCAAGUGGGACAAAAGCCCUUUACCGCAGUUGAAAUGUGCUUUAAAGUCUGCUCAGCUACAAAGGAAUUCAGCAGCCUGAAUUUAUUCAACGAUGGGAAUUGUUAAGUGCUUCUUUGUGGGUUGGAAGUGCACUGUAGGGCUGUAUUUUAGAUUAUUUUGAAAUGCCGAGUGCUUAUUCUGUAUUGACAUUGUAUAACUCCGUGGUGGUACAGCCCAUCAGUGGUACAUGUUUUCAGUGUUGGCGUGAUUCAGGGCUUGUUGAUUUCAGAUUCAUCUGCUUCCUUGUGACUAAUUGAAAUCCCCACAAACUUAAUGAAUCAAACAACCGAAAAAGGGUCGGAUUAUUCAGCCAGAAGUCAGGUUUUUCUGCAACUGCACCUUUACAUUAGUCCUCAUGCUUGUGACUGUUGGCUAAACUGGAGUUUCCAAGUCAUUUUAUGUCCUUGUUUGAGCCCUCUUGAAUAAAGCAAGAUCCUUUUUUGAAAGCUGUGUGUUGUAACUAAACUUAAUUCAGCUCGAUUGUACCAGAGCUAUUGUGAUUGUACAAAAACAAAUUUAGAGCAAGUGUUUUCGUUAGACGAGCCACACUAAUAAUGCGAACAGAUUAAAAUGACAAACUUGUAAAAUCUCUUAAGCAUCAGUCAGUAUUUCACAGCUUUUCUACACAUUUAAGGUAAAUAUGGUAUAAUGUAUGAUUAUAUUAAACAAGUGCCUAUUCUGAUAUCUCUCACCAGGGUUAGUGACAUAUCGUCGUUAAUCCAGAAACUUGAGAGGACAGAUUUUUGAUCAAAUUCAAGUUUAAUGUCAAAACUUUUUUACUGAUGUAGUCACACAUGAAUGUAAACCAGAAAAGGAACGCUCUAUCAGUUAUGUUAACUUACUGUUGUUUUACAUUAGAAAUGAAUUGCCCUGUCAUCUCAAAACAUGUAAAAUAAAGGGAAUAGAGAUAUACUUUAUAUUGUUCCAUACUGUAAAUUAAAAAUAAAGUGCUGAUUCC